AUGGUCGCCACCGACUCCAGUGACAUCGAGGCCAAUUUUUACCGAUAUGAGGACUUCAUUGAAGUGGAAGAUGCGAGCAAGGUCACUAAAGAUUUAGUCAAGGAAAUGUGCGAAGAGGGCCCACUGCAACACUCGGAUUGGCAUGUUUACGAACGAAUCUCGAAGGACAAACGAGAUGACCUGGUUGGAGAUGAGAGGCCCGCUGGAAGCCAAAUUGUCCAGGUGGGCUCGGCUCCCAUCAAUUCACCCGAGCAUAUGGAAGAAUACCACACAUGGUACCAAUCGGAGCACCGGCCUCGGCUGUCCAAGGUCCAAGGAUGGUGCAUGGGCACUCGCUGGCAAUUCUUGUUUGAGCAUGGCGAUGGGAAAGCACCAUGGAGGAGAAUCCUGGCGCAGCAGCAGUAUGAAAAGGAAAACGGGCUGGGGGGAGCCCAGUGGAAGAGCUCGAUGCAGUCUGAAUGGUCCAAAAGAGUCAUUUCAAACGUGGAGAUGCCCAGCCACCGUCGCACUUGGGAGAUAGUGCAGUGA